CGACCUGCCGUUCCUUCUUCCGCUAUGCGCCGCCGCCGUUCUCCAUCCCGUCGCAAGCUUCUGCUGUGUGUCUGCCUCCGCACCGUGUUCCUACAUGGCAGCUGCUGCGGCUGCCCACGCCGUCAGCAUCCAUCGCCGGUUGUCCUGCUCCUGCAUCGGACUCCAUGCUCUUGCCGCUGUACCGAGCGUCCUUCCCCAUUAGGAAGUAUGAAAUGUAUCAAACGCACAUUAUGUUCUUAAGAUUCGUGCUGAAGUUGCAGGAUUAUGGUCGCACAUUUUCUUUCUUUCGUUGACCAUAGAACAUGACUUAAGAUGGCGGGCGCGGCAACGCGUGCUUUUAUGGUCUAGUACCCCGGAAAGCCCCCCGAUCUGCUCCCAAUCUCAAUCUCAAACAUAUAGUCAGCUACUAGUGCGUAGCGACACGAAAGCAGCCGGCGGCGGCUCGAUUCCCUCAUCAAACAAACAGGGAAAACAAAAGCAGCGGCCGGCUCGAUGGCGGAAGAGGAAUGGAUUCCAAUCGGGAUGGAACAGGAAUACUUCCCGUUCCAGCCGCAGACAGAAGAGGAACUUCUAGUCGAGAUGCAACAGGAUGAGUUCCCGUUCCAGCCGCGGACAGCAGAGGAUUUUCUGAUCGAGCUGCAACAAGCGUUCGAGCAGCGGGCAGAAGAGGAUUUUCCUAUCCUGAAGCAACAGGACGAGCGCCCAUUCGAGUUCGAGCUCAUGCCGAUGGAGGAGCUGCCGGAGCUGCUGCCGCAGGACCAGUUCGAUUCUUACAUGGAGCACAUGAUGGAGGGGCUACCCCAGGAUGUUAUCGACAGUUUGCAGCAGGAAUUCCCAGCGCUCUUCGGCCAGGUCGCGGUGGAAAUGCCCCUGUGUCAGCGGGCGGAUCCCGCGGAGGAGCCAUGCCCGCUAAUCUAG